CCCGCUCCCGCCCUGCCGCGGCGGGAUCUCCGGGCCACUCGGGGCUGGGAGGCCGGGGCCAUGGCCAGGUCCCCGCAGUCCCGGCGACGACCCGCGGCGCCCGGGAGUGCCCUGCGCGCCUUGCUACGCUGCAACCUGCCCCCUGGCGCCCAGCGCGUGGUGGUCUUCGCCGUUCUGGCGUUCCUGGUCCUCAUCAACGUCGUGCUGAUCUUCCUGCUGGCCUUCCGUUGACCGCUGGGGCAGGGCGCCGCGGGGGAUCGCGCAGGGGCCAAGAAUGAACCUACAACCCUUGCCCCUCAGCCUACUGGACUUGAAUCUGGGCGUCUGUGCAGCUGUACCUUGGACAGAGGGCUUCAGGAAGGAUCUCUGCCCACAAACCCAUCUAGGUGGGCCCUGGUGGCCUCUGGACUGUCCUGGAGGUGGAGUGCAUCUCUGACCUCUUGGAGCUGCAUUUUAUCUUGGUGCCAAAGUGCCUCCCAUUUGUUCAUCUAUAGAGGAGCUUUGUGGUGCAGGGAGAGCACAUUGUCACCAUGGGCAUCGAUGGGGACCACACCACAAGGAGAUGAAGGAAUUUGCUCAAGGCUGUGAGUCUCAAGUACCUCCUGUGUGCAGCAGGGUACUAGGGCAAUAAAAUAAAGGUGACCAGCACCACCAUCACUACCACCACCAAGGACUUCUGGAUGACUGAACAAGCUCAUCAGUGAUGGCAGUGUGGUCUGUGCUGAAGCACUCUGGGACCAUGUCACCAUGGAUGACCAAGAACUGGGCUUCAAAGCUGGGGAUGUCAUCGAAGUAAUGGAUGCCACCAACAGAGAGUGGUGGUGGGGUCGUGUUGCUGAUGGCCAGGGCUGGUUUCCAGCCAGCUUUGUGCGGCUGCGGGUGAACCAGGACGAGCCCACCGACGAGGAGGCGUUGAGGGCCGGCGACGGCGGGACCGAGGAUGCAGGUGCUGAGGCUCAGAGCAGCAAGGACCAGAUGCGGACCAACGUCAUCAACGAGAUCCUCAGCACCGAGCGAGACUACAUCAAGCACCUGCGUGACAUCUGCGAGGGCUACAUCAGGCAGUGUCGCAGACGUGCGGACAUGUUCAGCGAGGAGCAGCUGCGCACCAUCUUUGGGAACAUCGAGGACAUCUACCGGUGCCAGAAGACGUUCGUGAAGGCGCUGGAGCAGAGGUUCAACCGGGAGCGCCCCCACCUGAGCGAGCUGGGCGCCUGCUUCCUGGAGCACCAAGCAGACUUCCAGAUCUACUCGGAAUACUGCAACAACCACCCCAAUGCCUGUGUGGAGCUCUCCAGGCUUACCAAGCUCAGCAAGUAUGUGUACUUCUUUGAAGCCUGCCGGUUACUGCAGAAAAUGAUAGACAUCUCCCUGGAUGGGUUCUUGCUGACGCCAGUGCAGAAGAUCUGCAAGUACCCUCUGCAGCUGGCCGAGCUGCUCAAGUACACAUCCCCGCAGCACAGGGACUUCAAGGAUGUGGAAGCAGCCUUACAUGCCAUGAAGAAUGUGGCCCAGCUCAUCAAUGAACGGAAAAGGAGGCUUGAAAACAUUGACAAGAUUGCCCAGUGGCAGAGCUCCAUAGAGGAUUGGGAGGGAGAAGAUCUCCUGGUCAGGAGCUCAGAACUCAUCUACUCGGGGGAGCUGACUCGUGUUACACAACCACAAGCCAAGAGCCAGCAGAGGAUGUUUUUUCUCUUUGACCACCAGCUCAUCUACUGCAAGAAGGACCUUCUCCGCCGGGAUGUGCUGUACUAUAAGGGCCGAGUGGACAUGGAUGGCCUGGAGGUGGUGGACCUGGAGGAUGGGAAAGACAGAGACCUCCAUGUGAGUGUCAAGAAUGCCUUCCGUCUGCUCUGCGGCACCACGGGAGAGAGUCACCUGCUGUGUGCCAAGAAGCCUGAGCAAAAACAACGCUGGCUCAAGGCCUUCGCCAGGGAGAGGGAGCAGGUUCGGCUGGAUCAGGAGACAGGCUUCUCCAUCACCGAGCUGCAGAGGAAGCAGGCCAUGCUGAAUGCCAGCAAGCAGCAGGCAACUGGGAAGCCCAAAGCCCUCAGCCGCCCCUACUACCUGGCACGCCAGAAGCACCCAGCACUGCCUGCCAGCCUGCCCCAGCAACAGGUCUUGGUACUGGGGGAGCCCAAGCGGAAGCCAUCUACCUUCUGGCACAGCAUUAGCCGGCUGGCACCGUUCCGCAAGUGAGCCAGCUCCCCACCUGACAGCACUGUAUGGACCUGGCCCUCCAGUGGGCCUCCAGUUUUUUCUCCCUGAGGCCCAUGGUAUGUGGCCUCCUCUGCCUGUCAUGCACACUGGAAGUUACGGGCUAAGUGAGGGAGCUGCUUGGUGCCCCAUUCUUCGUUACUUCCCCACACUGGUGCAUUGAAGACACCAACUGGAGGGGCAGGGGCUCACAGUGGUGAUCCUCCUGCCACCCUCUGGACCUCUGGGGCCUCCUGGGAGCCACAGCUGAGAGCCACCGACCAGGCCAACACACAUGCCAAGACUGGCCACUCUGGACCCUCUUCUCUGGACGACUUAUCAUCCUUCCUCCUGUUGCUUCUGGGCAGACUCUGCCUCCAGCCCCUGCAAAGGUGGGCUGUGUGCCCUGAUGCCUCCGAUUGUCCUUCAGGCCCCUGGUCCCCAGGUGGUGGUGCCAGGCAACUUGCAUCCCUGGAGGGUGGAAACCAGAAUUCUGUGCACAAAAAUGUCCAGCCCAGAGCCCACCUCUCUUGCCUCCCAGCCCCUCCUAGACACUCCUGGCUGUGGACACCCUCUUCACUCGUGAUGUGUUUAUAAUGGAAAGAAAACAAAAUCAUACUUCUGUCAGGGUUGUGAGCAGUCCACAUAGUUGUGGGAUGACUCCAGAGCCUGCCCCUGGUUUGUCUGGAUUUGCUGUUUUUCUAACAAUGGGGAAAAGUAAUUGUUAUUAGUGACACAGAAAGGUUGCCUUACCCUAAGUGAGUGGGAGAAGCCAUAAGGACUGAAUUCUGGGGCCCAGCACCUAGGACUGACCCACUAACCCAGAGUCUGGUGGGCAUGCGAGUUAGAGGGAAGCCUAUGUCCUACCGGGAAUGGUCACAAGUACAGCCAGGACCUGGCUUGUGGGUGCAGAACGCUGAGCUGCCUCUCUGGCCUAAGGGAAUUCAGCAGCAUGUACAGUCAGUCACUGUUGCACUAUACUUUCUCCAAGCCAGAAGCCACAUUUAAUUUCAUAAAGAAACUUGUAAAAAAUAA